AUGAAUUUCGUCAUUCGUGGAACUGUAAGUAACAGAAAUGGCGCUCAUUCCUCCUGCAGCUCCUACUCUUGCUGCUAGCAGCGCACGGCUUAGCGUGCUACCUCCAAUCGUACGCGUCAGAAUCGCCGGUCGCCGCCGAUCUGCAGUUCUAGCCAACUUAUCUUCUCCGCCGCGCAGUGUCGAAGCGGUGGAUUGGGUGGAUGCGACAUCAAGCUUCUUCGAACAAGAUACCAGGCCUAUCAUGCUAUUUGACGGUGUCUGCAACUUAUGUAAUGGUGGCGUCAAGUUUGUACGUGAUAAUGACCGACAAAGGAGAAUAAGGUUUGAAGCCCUACAAAGCGAUGCAGGAAAGAAUCUACUACAGAGAUCUGGAAGAUCUCCUGAUGAUAUUUCAAGUGUUGUACUUGUAGAGAAGAACAGGUCUUAUAUUAAGUCAGAGGCUGUGUUGAAGAUCAUGGAGUACAUAGAUUUGCCAUUUCCCCAACUAGCUUUCUUUCUCCAGUUUGUACCUCUAUUCAUUAGGGAUUUUGUGUAUGAAAACAUUGCGGACAACCGUUAUGCAGUAUUUGGUCGUUCAGAGUCCUGUGAAAUUUAAGCUAGGGUUUUUUUCAUGGUACAGUUUCUCACAUCUACAUUUUCCACCACAUCGAAUCCCCCAUGUCCCAAUGAUCCAAUGCUACACAAAAAGGUAUAUAUAUGUAUAUAGAUUUUGACAUUUUGUGCUUUGUAUGUAAUGAAUUAAUGAUUUUAUUUAAUUAUUUAUGUUAUAAGUUUCAAAA